UUUCUUCGUUCCUCGUCGUUUCGUCCACCAUGGACAAGCUUUCUUCUCUCGCCAGGUUCAAGGCCUCUUGCCCCUUCCUCGGCCGCACCCAGUCCAACACUCUUCGCUCGCUGUCGACCAGCACAUCCCCCCGCUUCUCCACCCUCACCCAACUCACCGAGAAGGCUACGGAAUGCCCCGUCAUGGGCCCCGCUCUCGCCAAGCGCACUGGUCAGAUGGUCGCGGGCUACGCUAGCGUCGCCGGUAACAUCGACGUCAACAAGUUCCACCAGGAGAAGGGCGUCAUCAUUAACUCCAACGACGUCUCGAUGUGCCCCCAUGCCAGCAAGGCUCUCGCCGCAGCGAAGAUGGCCGAGGAGCUCGCCCAAGCCAAGAAGCUCGCCGAUGCUGGAAAGGCUGCAAAGACUAGCAGCAGUGCGUCUUCUUCCUCCGCUGCGUCCUCGGCCAAAGCCGCCGGUUGCCCCUUCCAUGCGGCCGCUCCUGCAAAGGCGGCUCCUCCCGUUACCAAGGCUCCUACUCCUGUCACUCGUCUCGGAGGAGGGUUCGACUACGAGAAGUUCUACGCCGCUGAGCUGCAGAAGAAGCACGACGACAGCUCUUACCGUUACUUCAACAACAUCAAUCGCCUCGCCGCAAAAUUCCCAGUCGCCCACACCGCCAAUCCCAAGUCGGAGGUGGAGGUAUGGUGCGCGAACGACUAUCUAGGUAUGGGCAACAAUCCUAUCGUCCUCGAGACCAUGCAUCGUACUCUGGAUAAGUACGGUCACGGUGCUGGAGGUACUAGGAACAUCGCCGGCAACGGUUCCUGGCAUCUCAAUCUCGAGAAGGAGUUGGCCGCUCUUCACCGCAAGCCUGCUGCUCUUGUCUUCUCUUCCUGUUAUGUGGCGAACGAUGCUACCCUCGCCACUCUCGGAUCCAAACUCCCGGGUUGUGUCUACUUCUCCGACUCGUCCAACCACGCCUCGAUGAUCCAGGGCAUUCGUCACUCGGGUGCGAAGAAGGUUCUCUGGAAACACAACGACCUGCAAGACCUUGAGACGAAACUUCAGCAAUGGCCUAAGGAGACACCCAAGAUUAUCGCAUUCGAGAGCGUCUACUCGAUGUGUGGUAGCGUUGGCCCCAUCAAGGAGAUUUGUGACCUGGCUGAUAAAUACGGUGCUAUUACUUUCUUGGAUGAGGUUCACGCUGUCGGUCUUUAUGGACCUCGCGGUGCUGGCGUCGCUGAGCAUCUCGAUUACGAGGCUCACAAGGCUGCUGGUCAAUCUACUGAGGCUAUUCCCGGUUCCGUUAUGGAUCGCAUCGACAUUAUCACCGGUACUCUUGGCAAGGCUUACGGCGCUGUGGGCGGCUACAUUGCUGGCUCGACCCGUUUUGUCGACAUGAUCCGCUCUUACGCUCCCGGUUUCAUCUUCACCACAUCACUUCCCCCCGUCACGGUAUCUGGCGCUCAUGCUUCCAUCGUCUAUCAAAAGGAGUUCAACGGCGACCGUCAGCUCAUGCAGUGGAAUGUUCGUGAGGUCAAGAAGCGUUUCUCUGCCCGUGGCAUUCCCGUCGUCCCCGGUCCCAGUCACAUCGUCCCAGUGCUCAUCGGCGACGCCGCUCAGGCCAAGGACGCUUCAGACUAUCUCCUUCAACACCACAACAUCUACGUCCAGGCUAUCAACUACCCGACCGUCGCCCGUGGCGAGGAACGUCUUCGUUUCACCAUCACACCCGGCCAUACUGUUGAGCAGCUCGAACACGUCAUUGAUGCCGUCGAUGACACCUUCGCCACUCUUGGUAUCAAGCGGGAGGCCGACUGGGCUGCUGUCGGUGGACGAUGUGGCGUUGGCAUGGAGUCUCACGAGACGGUAGAGCCUAUCUGGUCCGAUGAGCAAUUGGGUCUGACGAGAGGUGUUACGCCGAAGACGAGGAGGGAGGGUGAGAUGAGGUUGGUGGACCAGAGGGCGAUUAGGGUUGCGAGGAGCAAGUUCGAUGGCUUGUUGGGCCCGGUCGUCGAGCCUCAGCACCAGACGAGGAUGGUGAAGGUCGGACUUGGUCUCAUUCGUCCAGCUGUUUCGCAGCCGCGCAGGGAGUUGCAGCCGGAGUUGGUUGUCCCCGCGUCCACCGCUGUCGAGGCUACGGCUUGAAUGUGAAGUCCCUUCUUCCAGUUCGCUGUCCAUUUAUUGUUUGCUUGCUUGGUUACCGUCGAUUUUGUUGUUCUGUUGCUUUUUCUCCAAUGUCGUACGCACGGUGUUCAUUGUUUCCGACAUCAUUCCCGUUGCGUCGACUUUUUGGAUAUACUUAUUUUGGAGGAAGUCGUUUGUUGUACCACUCGUCGUGGCGGCGUUGCAAUACACGUUGCUCAUCUGUUGACGAUC